AUGUCUUUAGAAUUCCUAAAGCAUGAAUAUAGCAGUCCAUCCUCUUUCUCUUCAUACAACUUAUUCGAUUUAAUUAUUGUACAAUUAGUUCAUUUAGUAAUGAGUACUAGAAAUAGGAAGAAAGAUUCGGUAUCAUCAUCACCACCACAACAACCACAACCUUCAUCAUCAUUGUCUUCACCAUCAAAGACAAAUAAUAAUAAUACAAAGAAUAAUAAUGGUGGUAUUGGUAUUAGUUCUUUAAUAUUAAAGAAUGAUACAUUGAUAUCAUUUAGUUUAUUUUGUAUUGUAUUGACCGUCUAUCUAUCAAAUGGUGGAUUUACGAUUGGUGGUGACUCGAAUGCCAAUAUGUUGUUGGCGCUCAGACUGUCAUCGACACCAUUCUCGUCGUCGUCGUCACCGUUCCUAUUCAAUCCUCGCGAGAACCCUUGUCUGUUUUUGUGGGACUUUGUAGCAGAUAGAUCGCAACCUCCAAUGCAAGGACUAUCACUGUCGCACUGGAACAUAUCGACCAGCGUCAAACUGGACAACGGACAGACAACGGUCAAGACGGCAUGGCAACUCUAUGAAAUGAAACGUGUCACCUUUUCAUCGGCCACCUACUUUGUCCAGCCAACUCUAUUCGACCAAUACUAUGCCAACACCUUUGGUAUUGGAACUGCCAUCGUAUCAGCACCAAUCUUUUACCUCUAUACCACCUUUGUACAUCCUUUUGUUACAACGACGACAGUUGAUGUAUGUGCCUAUGACCGAUCACAUCUAGCAGAGAUAUCAAAGUUUACUGCAUCAUUCUUUACUGCUGCAUCUGCUGCCAUCAUGUACCUUUGUUUUAAAAGGGUUUCAUCUUUAUUUGGAGAGAAUAAUGACAAUGCAACCACCACCACAACUACAAUGACAAAUAUAGUACUGACGAUUGUUUAUGCAUUGGGUAGUUCAAUGUGGAGUAUUAAUAGCCAGGCAUUGUGGCAGCACUCACCCAACACAUUCUUUUUAUGUGUAGGAUUGUACUAUCUAUUGACACUACAUACACACAACUAUGGGUGUUGGAAAGCAUCUGCAUUGUGUAGUUUGUGCUUGUCAAUUGCUACAUUUUGUAGACCUACCAGUGUACUCUAUCCAAUGAGUGUAGCUGUAUUCCUGUCAUUGAAACUAGUCUCAACUAUUAUCUCAUCAUCACAAAAACCAAAUACAAGUAAAUUAUUUAAAUCGAUCAUUGCAUUUGGAUUGGUUGGUGGAUUGUUUGGAGGAUUAUUCCUCUUUCACAACCAGUAUUAUUUUGGAUCACCAUUUACGACUGCACAAAACAUUGCAGCCGAGUCAUUAUCGGUGGCCAAACAAUCAGAUGGUGUAUGGACAUCACCAUUCUUGGUUGGUCUCUCCACACUCUUGUUUAGUCCUUCAAGAGGACUAUUUGUCCAUUCACCCAUCCUAUUGGCUUCAUUGUUUGGUUUGGUCAGAGUCAUUGUCUCACCCAAACGAUACGCCAUUCUCUUGCCAUUCAUCGUAUCAACCAUUGUCUUGGUGAUUGCAGCAUCCAAGUUUUUCGAUUAUUGGGGUGGUUGGUGUUUUGGAUCAAGACCUCUUACCGAUACCAUGCCUGUUUUAUUCAUAUUAUUGGCCGUCUUUAUUUAUCCGCUCGUGAUAUCAUUAUCCUCAUCAUCUUGGUCUAAAGUUUUAAUUGGUAUCCUCAGUAUACUUGCAAUUGUAUCUAUUGGUAUUCAUGGUAUUGGAGCUUAUUCAUAUGAUCCAAUGAUAUGGAAUUAUGCAAAGGCAACCAAGACUAAAGAUGUACAUCUUGGAGGAAUACAACUAUCAACCAAUUUUGAUAUCAUCACUGAACAGAAACCAAUGCCAUCCAACACAUUCUUGGUAAACAUUGAUGAAGCACAGUAUAGAUGGAGAUUAUAUGAUUGGAAUAAUCCACAACUGCUCUUUCUCUUUAGAAACUUGGAUUUAGCAACUAGAGUUAGACAAAGAAAUAUUCAAUCUUGGAAAGAAGGUAAAUUAAAUUAA